AUGUCAUUUCGCAACUGGCUUGAAUUCGCAGAGCCUGUGUUCGAGAGCGAACUUCGUGAAGUCGAGCAACGCUUGGACGAGCAAACGUCCAUCACAGGGAUGCCUGAGGCAUGUGCGCUGCGAGGCAAGCGCCUCUGGACAAUCUUGAGCACUUUGCUCAAAGGUCGUGCGCUUGGAAUCCUUCGGAGUGUGACAGAUCGUAAUGGUUACGAAGUUUGGAGGUUGUUGGUCACGACAUACUCUCCUAAGACUCGCAGUCGUUCGUUGGCCAUGUUGUCAGCGAUCAUGCAGCAAGGCCGAUUUACCACCAAGGGCCAGACUUUGCUUGAACAAAUCACUUCUUUUGAACGCCUUGUGCAUGCCUACGAAGAUGCGUCCGGCUCCAAAGUUCCCGACGACAUUCUGCUGUCGAUACUUGACGUGGUUUGUCAUUACUGUUGGAAGAAGGGCCAUUACAAGAAUGAAUGCCGUAAGCUUCAAGCUGAUCAGAAAGCCGGCAAUGUGCGCCAGGUUGAGGGUGCUGAAGCCACCACAUCCAACGACAACUCCAAGGCCACUUCAUCUACUGACAACAACAGUGCCAAUGCCACUGUGCGCCGCAUUGCAUUUGAUCUUACCACGCCUGACUGUGAUGUGCCAUCCGCUUCUAGCCAUGCUGUCAUUCGCAAGAUUUCCACAUGUUCCAGUCCCGAGUGGUUCGACAUGACUUGUGCAGAUCAUGUUGAUGAUGUGGUUACGGCCCCUGAGCCGCUGCAUUUCGACCUCACAUACAGUGACGAGGAUGGUGAGUGGACCAAGGCUUCCAACUGCAUGGACUGUGCUGAGGCCCCCUUGCCGAGUGUCCGAGCUGUGUGCCACGAGCGCGAACUCGACAUUUGCGUUGAUUCUUGUGCUGACGAAAGCUGCAUCCCGUACAACAUGAGUGAGAUUGGCUUCCCCGGUGGAGCCAGCCGCACCCUUCAGGAUGCUCAGGGUCACCCGAUGACCACCCGCGGUACCAGGUUGGCUGUCCUUGACAGCGGCACCGCCAGCUUUCGCGAGUCGUGGGUAAUUAGCCCAGUGAGUCAGCCGAUUUUCGCUGUUGGAAAAUUGUUGCGCCGAGGGUGGCGGAUCGUUGACAUGCAGCUGAUGUCGCCCGACGGCGAUGCAUGUGUUACUCCGGGUGUGUUUGGGCUUCGGUUGCUUACUUCUCGAUUUCCCGACAUCACAAUGCUUGAGCCGUACGAAGGGCUGUGCUACCGGACCACCAUCGUGCGGAAGUCCGGGACCGAACCAUGGCAUCUGCUUGAGCUAUCUGAGCCUCUUGAGCUGCUUGAGCAAGGUAAGCUCGAUCGUGUUAUCGAUACGACGCGACCCAAUCAUCCUUUCGACUGUGUAGUUUUCGGGCACCGAACUGUUCUCACUCCCGGUGAGCUUGGCUUCGAGUAUGCUGCACCUCCAGCUGGUUCAGAGGCACCCGUGCCCGCUCCAGCCGGUGCUCCACCAGGUCUCAAGUUUUUCGUGCACGACUUGAUCGUGCACGUGCACAUGCUAUCUAGAUCGCACCACUGCCAGGAGAAGGGCAAAGGAAAAGACCAGGAAAGCACCGAGAAGGACCACAAGGGAAAGGGAAAAGCGAAAGGCCAGGAAAAAGGAAAGGAGAAGGGCCAGGAAAAGGGCGAAGGAAAAGGCCAGGAAAGUACGGAGAAGGGCCAAGAGAAGGGAAAAGGAAAGGUGAAAGGCCAGGACAAGGGCAAGGGGAAAGGCCAGGAAAGCACCGAGAAGGGCCAAGAAAAGGGGAAAGGAAAGGACAAGGGCCAGGAAAAGGGCAGAGAGAAAGGCCAGGAAAGCACCGAAAAGGGCCAGGAAAAGGGAAAAGGAAAGGAAAAAGGCAAGGAAAAGGGCAAAGAGAAAGGCCAGGAAAGCACCGAGAAGGGCCAGGAAAAGGGAAAAGGAAAGGUGAAAGGCCAGGACAAGGGCAAGGGGAAAGGCCAGGAAAGCACCGAGAAGGGCCAAGAAAAGGGGAAAGGACAGGAGAAAGGCCAGCAAAAGGGCAAAGAGAAAGGCCAGGAAAGCACCGAGAAGGGCCAAGAAAAGGGAAAAGGAAAGGUGAAAGGCCAGGAAAAGGGCAAAGAGAAAGGACAGGAAAGCACCGAGAAGGGCCAGGAAAAGGGAAAAGGAAAGGUGAAAGGCCAGGAAAGCACCGAGAAGGGCCAAGAGAAGGGAAAAGGAAAGGAGAAAGGCCAAGACAAGGGCAAAGGGAAAGCCCAGGAGGGCACCGAGAAGGGCCAGGAAAAGGGGAAAGGAAAGGUGAAAGGCCAGGAAAGCACCGAGAAGGGCCAAGAGAAGGGGAAAGGAAAGGAGAAAGGUCAAGACAAGGGCAAAGGGAAAGCCCAGGAGAGCACCGAGAAGGGCCAGGAGAAGGAAGAAGGAAAGGAAAAGGGCCAGGAGAAGGGCAAAGUAAAAGCCCAGGAGAGCACCGAGAAGGGCCAGGAGAAGGGAAAAGGAAAGGAACAAGGCCAGGAGAAGGGCAAAGGAAAGGCCCAGGAGAGCACCGAGAAAGGCCAGGAGAAGGGAAAAGGAAAGGAAAAAGGCCAGGACAAGGGCAAAGGGAAAGCCCAGGAGAACCCCGAGAAGGGCCAGGAGAAGGGAAAAGGAAAGGUGAAAGGCCAGGACAAGGGCAAGGGGAAAGGCCAGGAAAGCACGGAGAAGGGCCAGGAGAAGGGAAAAGGAAAGGAAAAGGGCAAAGAGAAAGGUCAGGAAAGCACCGAGGGGAAGGGCAAGGGAAAAGCCCAGGAAAGCACUGAGAAGGGCCGGUAA